AGUUGAAGCUUUUAAAAUCAGAUUUAUCAUUACAUGAUGACUUUUCCAUUAAGAUUACAUUUUGCACGUUACAAUUAUGAUGAGUGAAAGCUCAACCUUGAGCUAUAUAUCUUGUCGGAAAAGCAAAAGAUGGGGUGCCGUAGAUCCUGUGCUCAAUCUUUGCCAUCCUCAAGAUAUGAAGAUGCCUUUCUUGGGAGCCAUAAGCUAACCAAGUUGAUGUAUGCCUGAGGGAAAGGGGUUCCUUUUGCUUUCCUUUCUUUGAAGGCUUGAACUUGCCAUUCUCGAUUACAUGUCUAAAAGAGGUUUCCACCGGACUAGUGAGGCAUUCUCCAACGAAAUUCAUACUAAUCAAAAUCUUGUCGCCAUCAAUUCUCCUCAUGAAGCAUUUCUGCAAGCGUGGUGGGGUAAAUUUUAUGAAGCAUACAAUUCUAGGUUUCCUGACUUUCCUGUAUUCGAUGUCGAAUCCUUUGAUAAGGUUGCACAAAGUGUGAACAGUGUUGUGGGUGAUAACUAUCCUGCAAAUCAAUCAUAUGCUUCUGAUCUUACAGGUGCAAACGUAUCUACUGUGAUGCCAGAAUCCAGCAGUCCUGAUAUUAUGGACCCUGGCCUUUCAGCUUUGUUGUCAUCUUUUGAUGCCAGUUAUCUGUCACUGGAUUUAUCUCCUCAAAGAGACAUGACAUCAGGCUUACACUUACCCGAGAUGAGUGAAAUGGGUGACAUGCUUCCAUUGGCAAGCAAUGCUGGCUAUCAAAUGCAGCAAAUGCCAACUGUUCCUGCAGAGUGGAAUGCAAGAGUUGACAUACCUGGUGCAAACUUGGGAGGACCUAUGCGAAUGGAAACAAAUCUUCAUGCCGCUACAAACGCUUUGCCUGAUUUACCAGAACUUUCUGAUGCAGGGAACAACAAAUCUCUCCAACAAGCAUCUCAUCAAGGAUGGCCAUCUGUUGACGUUGGCUCAGUUCCCCCUGUCAUUAGCCAUCAAGCUGUGCGUCCCAGUGUGAUAGUGCCAACUCGAAAGGAACAGUUCCCGAGAAGUACAUCCUUCGCUCAACAGAAUGUUUUACCAAGUGUGGCAGUUCAAACAUGGGAUAAGCUCAGACUUCCUGCCCCUGCAAGUUCUGGAGAUCUUUUUUGUAUGCUCACUCUAGCUGACUCAAGUGUUAAAGAUGCAGGGAUGCUUGGUGAGACAAAUCUAAGAAUCCCAGAGAAUUUACCAGCUGACCAGCAAAUAGGAGGAAUUAUGAGAAGGUCUGGAAAGCAACCUGUAGUGCAGGAGCACAGAAACCAGCUGGGACUGCAGUCUUCAAAUAAGAGUGGCAUAAAGAGGAAAACUCCAUUGAGUUCUCUGGAACCUGUUGGGAAAGAGAAAACUACUGUCGCUAGUUUUGCUGCGCCUGCACGCACUCAAGCUGAAUGGAAAGGCAACUCUUUGAAAGCGAUUAGCAACCUUCACACAAAAACUAGCAAGCUCCUAUGUUGCCACUUCAAUUCAGAAGGAGAGUUGUUGGCUGCUGCUGGACACGACAAGAAGGUACUGAUUUGGAAGUUGGGAACUAACAAUGUUUAUAGUGGAGAAGGUCAUGCUCAUCACGUUACAGAUAUCCGUUUUAGACCACACUCAACAGUGUUUGCAACAUCUUCCUUUGACAGAACUGUGAAGAUAUGGGAUGCAGCCAAGCCAAGCAACCCUUUCCAAAACCUUGUCGGGCAUGUUGAGCACGUAAUGUCUACAGAUUUUCAUCCAACAAAGUUGGGCCUCCUCAGUUCUUGUGAUACCAGCAACGACAUUAGACUGUGGGAUGUCAGUAGGGGUGAAUGCAAACUCAUUUUUAAGGGAGGUAGUAGACACGUUAGAUUUCAACCUCGACUUGGGGACUUUUUGGCAAGUUCUAGUGGAAAUGUUAUAAAUAUUUUUGAUGUCGAAACUAGCAGCAUCCAAAAAAAGUUACAAGGACACGUCAAAGACAUCCGCUCAAUGUGCUGGCAUAUGAGUGGGAAAUACCUGGCAUCCGUGAGUGAAGAUAGUGCACGGAUAUGGUCUGUGAGUGAUGGGAAGUGUUUAUAUGAAUUGUGCUCUGGUGGCAAUAAGUUCCAGUCAUGCACUUUCCACCCAGAAUACAUUCAAGUGUUGGUGAUUGGUUCCUUUGAGUUCCUAGAGCUGUGGAAUCCUUUCUGCCAGAGCAGUAUAACUCAGUCAUGUAGUGCACAUACUGAUAUAAUCACUUCACUAGCAGGUUCACCUUUGGAUGGAACCAUAGCUUCAGUGAGCCAUGACCAGUGGAUCAAGAUAUGGACCUGACGCUUCUUUGUGGAUCAAGAUACAACAGCCACCUUCUUCAUUCUCUUAUCCAAAUUACAUCACUAUUUGAAUGAAUGAGUUGUUCGAAAGGCUGUAUCAGUCACCAACUUUCGACAUUUGUUUCAAACUCUUCUGCUCUAUUUUAUCAUUUGGAAGUUGAUAAUUAAUUAUAUGUAUGAAAGCUAGGCUGUAUCAGUCACUAAACCUCCUUGUUCUUGUUAAGCCACAAAACUUUCAUAGAGCUUCUGCUACUUUUUGUUAUUCAUGAUUGCUUUCCUCCUGAAUGAUUACAUUGGUAUCAAGUCCCUGAA